CCCCACUGAAGGCAAACUCCAAAAGCUUCACAAAGAAGCACUUUCGCUAGUUUAGGAUUUAUUUACCGAAUUACAGCGUUUUAAAUGAGUUCAAGUCAGUUAUUGGGGAACUAUAUCAUGGCUAAGUGGCAGAGGAGCACAUUACUAUCUCAAAUUAAACUUACAGGGAAGGAGUCACCUUGUCGCGAGCAUUUGGUCAGGCUGUCUUAUCGAUGGAUUUUCAGCCCCGGUUCUUCCUGUGGUAGAUAUACUCUGCAAAAAUCCCUAAAGUUAGGGUGUAAUAUUUUCCCAUGGAGCCACGCGGCUCGUGGUCUUUGUCGCAAGUAAUGAAUGAGAGGCUUAGGGGGUCCACACACGACGUUUGUAUGUGUCUUGGAAUCAAUCAAUAUUGACCAACAUCCUAGCUUAUUCUCGUGGUCCCUGUGGCCGAGCCGCCAAGAUCCCCCUCCCGAGGAUUUUUUUUCUCUCUCUUUUUUUCUCUGGGACGACUUAAUGAAUAGAGAACACAAGCGUGAAUAGUGAUGUCUUUAGGGUAUCAGCAAAUCAACUACAUCAACUACAGUGACAAAAAGUCUUAACGCCAAUUAGUCACCUUUAAAAAUAAAAAAUAAAACUGCUUUUCCAUUUUUUUUUAUUGUAUUUGAUUAUUCCGAUUCAAUUGCUUUUAAGAAAAAACAAUCUAAAUAGCUCUGCGUAUCAAAUAAAACCCUAAUGUGUGAGCUUCUCAUUUUUAAUGACGUAUGUGAGUGACCUUUUCUUCCUAAGAUGUCACGGAAAGUUUACACACGAAGGGUUGCGCUUGACAAGAAAUAUGCAUGGUAAUUUGUAUCACGCACCGCGAGUCUGCGAGUAUCAGCAGACGCGGUAUACCACGCUAUCGCUUCCCCUUAGGUCUUGCCAACCACGAUAACUACUACCUUUACCGCUGCCUUUACAGCUCCUUCGAGUCCUACAAUAGAAGUAUUUUGAUUGUGUUCUAGAAGCUUCGUGGAAGCUUUCGGAAGCCCGGGGAUUAGAACGAAAGACGAUCAAAUAACACUGUAAAUUGUGCGUGGAAAGCCUGAAGAAGAAGCGUGGAUAGGAACUAAUCUAAAUUACGAGAUGUUUGGUGAAAACGAAUGCACGAAAGUGACAGCGCCCUCCGAACUCUCGUUCUCAACCGCGACUCUGUCUAUUCUUAUCACCCUUACAGCAUUUCCCGGUAAUCUCCUUGUCAUACUCGCCAUAGCUAUCGAUCCUAAUAAAAAUCUAAGAAGUCCGUUCAACUUUCUCGUCGCCAAUUUAGCCGUAGCGGAUUGUCUUGUUGGAUUACUGGUGGGCCCCAUAUCUGCCGUGUGGCACAUGUGCGAGGGCUUGGGCAGAUGUGCGGAGUACGAGGCGGGGGUCGUUAGAUCCAUUCACAUGUCCUUCUUCAUCUCUUGUACGGCUUCGUUGUUCAGUCUAGCAGCUCUUGCCAUUGAUCGUUUUCUUGCCAUCACAACUCCAUUAAAGUACCGGCUGUUGCUGAGCCCGUGGAGGAUCGCCCUGGUGUCUACGGUUAUCUGGACAGUGGCGGUCUGUUUCCCAUUGAUUUAUCUUGAGGUCGGCUACAUUGCGUACACUUUUGUAUUCGCGAAUACGGCCGUCUUGGCAACCUUUGGAGUCUUGGUUUUCACUUACGUUAAGGUCUUCCAGAGUCUACGCGCCCAAGUGCUGCAGUGGGACCAGCUAGGAAAUAAUCGCAGUGCUAACGGCGUGCGACUCAGGGCCGUCCGAUGGGAGCAGAAGAUCACCAAGACCUUCCUGAUCAUGCUGGCGCUAUUCAUCGCGUGCUACCUUCCCUCGUGUAUCGUCAUCUACGUCAUGAACCUCUGCAAUCACUGCAGUUGCGUGAUGAUUCACGUGUUGCGUGACAUGCAACUCAUUCUCGUCAUGGCCAACUCAAGCAUGAAUCCGCUGGUCUAUGCCUACAGGCUCAAGACGUUCAGAAGUGCCUUCAAAAAGAUUUUACAGCGGUGUUUCAAUGCCUAUCGCCGCGCAAAGCAGGGGUCCUUUUCGCUCAGUCAGUCGCAAGAGUCAAGUGGGCUAUAAUUUGUACAACUGUGGAGUACGGCGCUCUGGCUCUGUUAGGGUGACAUCGCUUAUCUUAAACACGAGGUGCUGCUAUAAAAGGGAAAGCUCCUCCCACUACAGGGCUCAAAUUUGCAAUUAUAAUCAGAACACUGCCAAGCCAGGAGUCACAAAGUGUCUCUGAGCCUCAGUCGGAUGGAAGACAGUUGUGUGAAGAGAUUGAUAAAGUGAUUUGCUAUCCAUUGUGCAAAAUUUUAAAUUCGCGUUUUUCGCGCUGUGAUAAAAAUGCUCGUAAUUAAGAGUGCACACAGCUUGGUAUAGCAUUAUUUUACUAUAAAUAGAACCAUUUUAGAUGGACAACUCUAGGAAUGAUAUUCAAUUUGGUUUCGGAUAUGAAAUUUGAAUUAAGCUCUCAGAACAAUUGUCUUGACAUGUUGGCAAAUUGACGGAUGAUUGAUAACUGAUUGUUCUUUAGCCCGGGGGCGGGAGGAUCUUUCCCUUUUAUAGCGGAACCUCGUGUUUAAGGAAUGUGAGAGCGGGAGGGGAACACAUGAUGAUGGGGAAAAAUCUCUUGAGAUGGGGGUUGUAUUGAUGGUAGUGGAAAGGUGAGGACAUCACCAACCUUAACCAUACUGUUUAGGUAAAGACGCUUAAUACCUGAAGGCACAAUAGCCUGAUCCUCCAAGAAAUGUUGUACAUUUUUAUGGUCUAAAGCGCUUAAUAUCAUUUGAAAAGGUGUUUGAAGAGCAAAGCAACAAAACGUAAGUUAUAGAAAAAUAUAAAUAUUUUAAUUAAUGUACAGAUUUCUAAUACAUUUUCGGUUUUAUACUCUUUUCAAAAAUACCUUUCUAUGAUUAUCACAACAUCUUAUAAAGCAUUUCCUUUAAAUAAAAUGGGCACAGAUAAUUGGUUUAAUUGAUUUUCUAAUAAAAAGGAUGAAUAUCUUC